UGUCUGCAAAUCGCGAAGAAACGAGCUAUCAACAACCACUGUAACAGUCUGAUUCGCUUCCUCGCUGGAGCUCCGACGAUGGAGCUAGCGUUACAGGCGCCGGCGACUCUUCCCCGGAGCAAAUUCCACACUCCUCCUUACUCCUAUUCUAACGCUAUCUUCACUUCCCGGCCCGAGAAGCAAACCUCAUUCUCUCAAUUUUCCCAGAGCAUUUUCCGAGAAGCCCACUCCCCAUUCCGAUUCCGACCCAGAACGCGGAGUUCCGUGUUGAAGGACCAAUUGGUUAGCAUUAGCGAUGAUGAGUUCGUUGAAGAAGGAGAAAUAGAUGGGGAAGAGACGAGCUCUUCGUACUCCGAUGAUGAGCCAUCGUUCUUGUCUCUUAAUGAGAAGCCUGAUAGGAAUUUGACGUUGCUCGACGACUACGAGAUGGAGGAGCUUGGAUAUGCCUGCGACCGUAACCAUAGAAGCGGAUAUGUGGCUCUGCUAGGGAAGCCGAAUGUUGGGAAGAGUACUCUUGUAAACCAAUUGUUAGGGCAAAAGCUCUCCAUUGUUACGGAUAAACCUCAAACGACGAGGCACCGGAUUCUGGGUAUAUGUUCUGGGCCAGAGUAUCAGGUGAUACUUUAUGACACACCUGGUGUCAUUGAAAAGAAAAUGCACAAAUUGGAUUCCAUGAUGAUGAAGAAUGUGCGCAGCGCCGCCAUUAAUGCAGACUGUGUUUUGGUUGUCGUUGAUGCAUGUACAGCGCCUCAAAAAAUUGAUGAGGUGUUGGAAGAAGGUGUCGGAGACCUCAAAGAAAUGCCUCCCACCUUGCUGGUUUUGAAUAAAAAAGAUCUGAUCAAACCAGGUGAAAUUGCAAAAAAACUUGAGUGGUUCGAGAAAUUUACUAAUGUUGAUGAAGUUAUACCUGUGAGCGCCAAGUAUGGCCAUGGCAUGGAAGAUGUGAAGGAAUGGAUACUUUCGAAACUCCCUCUUGGGCCAGCUUAUUAUCCAAAGGACAUAGUCAGUGAGCAUCCAGAAAGGUUUUUUGUUUCUGAAAUUGUCAGAGAAAAGAUAUUUAUGCAAUACCGCAAUGAAGUUCCUUAUGCAUGUCAGGUGAAUGUGGUGAGCUACAAGAGUAGACCAGGUGCAAAAGAUUUUAUUCAAGCGGAAAUUGUUGUGGAGAAAAAUUCUCAGAAAAUCAUUCUCAUCGGGAAGGAAGGAAAGGCUCUGAAACUCCUCGCGACAGCGGCUCGCCUCGAUAUAGAAGAUUUCUUACAGAAGAAAGUCUAUCUCGAGGUUGAAGUUAAAGUGAGAGAAAAUUGGCGGCAAGAUGAAGGGCUCUUGAAGCACUAUGGCUAUGAAGGAAGAAUUCAAGCAUUGUAGUGUUGGAGAAUGAGAUGGACUUAUUUGUUAGGAAUCUGCUGACAAGUAGUAAGAUGGUUAGUGGUAUCAAUUGUGUAACUUUGUAGAUUUUUUUCCCAUCAAUUGAUUGUGAUUUUGUUUGGGUGUCAUAAA